AUGGAAUCGAAGAGUGUGAUCAUGUCGGCGUUGGGAGUGGGGAUAGGGGUUGGGGUGGGGAUUGGGUUGGCGUCGGGGCAGACCGUCGGGAAAUGGACCGGCGGCGUUCCCUCGUCCGCCGGCGUCACGUCGACGGCGAUGGAGCAGGAGAUGUUGGCUCUCAUCGUCAACGGAAAGGAUAGCAAAGUCACCUUCGAUCAAUUUCCAUACUAUCUGAGUGAACAAACUAGGGUGCUGUUAUCUAGUGCUGCUUUUGUCCAUCUGAAGAAAGGUGAUAUCAUUAAGCACACACGGAAUCUGUCUCCUGCAAGCCGAACGAUUUUGCUAUCCGGUCCUGCUGAACUGUAUCAGCAAAUGCUUGCGAAGGCUUUAGCUCACUAUUUUGGAGCCGAAUUGCUGUUGUUGGACGUGAAUGAUUUUUCUUUGAAGUCUUUUAAAAGGUCUAUAUCUGAAUCAACACUGGGCCGAAUGUCGGAAUUAUUUGGCUCUUUCUCCAUGCUUCAGCCCAAGGAAGAAAAUAAAGGAAUACGCAGACAAAGCAGCGGAGUGGAUCUCGGAUCAAUUGGUUAUGAAGGCUUGAAUCCGGAGAAGCUGCGUCGAAAUGCGUCUGCCUCGGCUAACAUCAAUGAUCUUGCUUUUCCUUCAGCAAGCACUCCUGCAACUUCAGUUCAACUGAAGCGUGAAAGCAGUUGGUCAUUUGAUGAAAAGCUUUUUAUACAGACUCUAUACAAGGUUCUGGCCAAAGAAUCAAAAAUCCAUCCUGUUAUACUGUAUCUUAGGGACGUCGAGAAACUCCUCGGCAAAUCUCAGAGGGUUUACGUGAUGUUCCAGAAAAUGUUGAAGAGGUUGUCUGGACCAAUACUGAUCCUCGGUUCCAGGAUAGUCGGCCCUGAAAAUGAUUACAAUUUAGUAGAUGAAAAAAUCUCUGCGGUGUUCCCGUACAACAUUGAAAUAAAACCUCCGGUGGAGGAGAACCAUCUCGUGAGCUGGAAGUCUCAGCUAGAGGAUGACAUGAAAAUGAUUCAAUUUCAGGACAACAAAAAUCAUAUAAUGGAAGUACUUGCUGCCAAUGACCUUGAUUGUGAUGAUCUCGGUUCUCUCUGUUUUCCAGACACGAACGUUCUUAGCACCAACAUAGAAGAAAUUGUGGUAUCUGCCAUCACUUACCAUCUUACAAAUUGCCGGGAACCUCAGUACAGAAAUGGGAAACUUGUUAUAUCCUCGACUAGCCUGUCCCAUGGCUUGAGUAUAUUCCAGAAAGGUAAAUUUAAAUCUGCUCAAGAAGACACCCUAAAGCUUGAAGUACAAGGUGAAAUGCCAAAGGUGACUCCGGAUAACGAGUUCGAAAAGCGAAUCCGUCCAGAAGUCAUCCCAGCUAAGGAAAUCGGUGUGACAUUUGCUGACAUAGGCGCUCUGGACGAUAUCAAAGAAUCUCUUCAAGAACUGAUUCUCUUACCCCUCAGGAGACCCGACCUCUUUAAAGGCGGGCUUCUGAAGCCUUGCAGGGGAAUACUGCUUUUCGGGCCACCCGGCACUGGGAAAACCAUGCUGGCCAAGGCUAUUGCCAACGAGGCUGGGGCCAGCUUCAUCAACGUCUCGAUGUCCACCAUCACUUCCAAAUGGUUUGGUGAGGAUGAGAAGAACGUACGAGCCUUGUUCAGUGUUGCGGCAAAAGUCUCCCCAACCAUAAUAUUUGUGGAUGAGGUUGAUAGCAUGCUCGGGCAGAGGAAUAGGGCAGGCGAGCAUGAGGCCAUGCGCAAGAUAAAGAACGAGUUCAUGACUCAUUGGGACGGGUUACUGUCGAAACCUGGGGAGAGGAUACUCGUUCUUGCAGCCACCAAUAGGCCGUUUGAUCUUGAUGAGGCAAUUAUUAGGCGCUUUGAGAGAAGAAUUAUGGUUGGGUUGCCAUCUGUUGAGAACAGAGAGAAGAUCUUGAGGACGUUAUUGUCUAAAGAGAACGUUGAGGAAGGAUUAGACUUUACCGAGCUUGCAAGAAUGACUGAAGGAUAUAGUGGAAGUGAUCUUAAGAACUUGUGCAUAACUGCUGCUUACCGACCAGUUAGAGAAUUAAUACAGCAAGAGAGUUUGAAAGAUAAGGAAAAGAAGCAGAAAGGUGGGAAGGGGGAGGAAGGGAAUGAUAAUGGAAAAAGUGCUGAUAAGAAAGAAAGGGUGAUCACUAUUAGGCCAUUGAACAUGGAGGAUUUAAAGGAAGCGAAAAAUCAGGUUGCAGCUAGCUUCGCAGCCGAAGGGUCCAUAAUGAACGAGCUAAAGCAAUGGAAUGAGUCAUUCGGUGAAGGUGGUUCGAGGAAGAAGGAACAGCUGUCUUACUUCUUGUAA